CUACCCGUCUAGGCUUAUUACUAACCACAUCUUCUUCCAUUUUUAGGUCUACGGGCCACUUACUCAUGACGGUAAUAUUUCCACACCCUACUCGUUUAGGCUCAUUACUAACCACAUCUCCUUCCAUUCGUUACGCACCACUACCUCCCCUCAACGAUAGGCGCUUUUAUUAUAUAUCCGAUGUCGCUGACCCCAACCGAGUAUGCGCACUCCUUACCCUUCCUCUUCCAUUUUUAAGGUCCACAGACAACUUCUCUCGACGGUAAGUAUGCCCAUUCCUUUAGGCUUAUUACUAACCACAUUUGUUAGGUCUACGGACCACUACCUCCCCUCAACGAUAAGCGCUCCUC